AUGGUGAACAGAAAGGAAACGGAGGGAGAAAACUACUUGCGGAUCCAGGAACUGGAAGAUUUGAACCGGCGGUUACAAGACAGUGUGGUCAACCUCGGAGCGAGAUCAAUGUGGGACAACCUGUUGUUCCACAAUAUUGAUGAAUCAGAAGAGGAAGAUUGUACUGAAGUGAUUGGAUUGUUGGAGGAAAAACUUGAUAUGCCAGGAGCAAAAAGUAGCGUCAAGAUCAAUCGAGCACACAUAGUUGGUAGGAAAUGUGAUGGCUGCAGAAAACCGAGAGCCAUCAUUGCAAAAAUUUAA